AUGACUACCCAACCCUCCAAUGGAUCCCACAAAUACCAACGAGUGACUGAGCAGCCCGAGAACCCCUUCUCCAAGCUCAUUCCCGAUCAGCACUUCGCCAUCGUCCCGUCGUACACGCUCGAGUCCGGCGUCGAGCUCCGCAAUGUGCCCGUCGCAUACAAAACCUACGGCAGCCUCUCCCCCGCCGCCGACAAUGCCAUGGUCAUCUGCCAUGCCCUGACAGGCAGUGCCGAUGUCGGCGAUUGGUGGGGCCCACUGCUAGGUGGUCCGGGCAAGGCCUUCGACAUAUCGCGCUUCUUCGUCGUGUGCCUGAACAGCCUGGGCAGCCCCUACGGCAGUGCUAGCCCGGUCACAAACAAAGACGGCGAUUCGGAGCAGGGCCUGUAUGGCCCCGAGUUCCCGCUCACCACGGUCCGCGACGAUGUCAACCUCUUCAAGCUCAUACUGGACGACCUCGGAGUGCGCCAGAUCGCGGCCGUCAUUGGUGGCUCCAUGGGCGGCAUGCUGGUGCUGGAAUUUGCCUACUUCGGCAAGGACUACGUGCGCUGCAUAAUUCCCAUUGCGACGUCUGCGCGCUACAGCGCGUGGGGCAUCAGCUGGGGCGAGGCGCAGCGGCAGAGCAUCUACAGUGACCCCAAGUACGACGACGGCUACUACGCAUUUGAGGACCCGCCGACGACCGGCCUGGCUGCAGCGCGCAUGUCCGCCCUGCUCACCUACCGUAGCCGCGACUCGUUCGAAUCCCGCUUCGGCCGCAACACGCCGGAUCCCUCGCGCCCACAGAAUAUCAACCGCAAGCCACACCCGUCCCCCCUGAUAAACGAGCACUGGGCCAUCCACAACGAAGGACACAAGAACGCCCGUUCCCCCCGCGGUUCGCGCCCAAGUAGCGCCGUCGAUCUGACUGCCGCCGCCGCCAAUGCCACCCUCCCCGCCGCCGCCACGACCGACGUCGAAAUCAGCCGCACCGCCUCGCCCGCGGCUCCGACCAAACUCACGGGCCCGAUCCGUAACAAGGCAAACCGCACGCCUACCUACUUCAGCGCGCAAUCCUACCUGCGCUACCAAGGCGACAAGUUCAUCAAGCGCUUCGACGCCAAUUGCUACAUCGCCAUCACGCGCAAGCUUGACACGCACGACGUCUCCCGUAACCGCGUCGAGGACAACAUCACCGACAACCUCGAGUCCAGCACCGGUUCCCUCUCGGCUGACUCGGUCCGCACCGCGCUCUCGCAGAUCGCCCAGCCCACGCUCAUCCUCGGCAUCCAGUCCGACGGUCUCUUCACCUUUGCUGAGCAGGAGGAGCUCGCAGCCGCCAUCCCGAACGCCCUGCUCAAGACGAUCGACUCGCCCGAGGGCCACGAUGCCUUCUUGCUCGAGUUCGAGCAGGUCAACGGCCACCUGCUGGCUUUCAUGAACGAGCACCUACGCGACAUCAUGCAGCGCAGCCCCUCCAAGGACGCCAUCGCCUCCCAGAACGGCGACGGCCUCGGCGUUACUAAGAGCAGCACCUUCGGGGAGGCGGAGGUGGACGACAUCACGGCCUGGUGA